AUGAAUCUUCAUUUACUACCAAUGAUUCAGAGGAAACAAAUUGCAAAAGUUAAAUUCUUGGCUUCCUCAUAUAAGAAUUUCGUACACUACUUACGACUCGAAGGAAGCAAAUUACUAGGUAUCCUUGAUAUUCUAUUCAACGUAAAAGAAUGGCGCAAAGCUCAGCGCAAAACUGGCAAAGUGUUAUUGUUGUUAGAUAACGCGCCAUCUCAUCCUUCUGCCGAAGUAUUAAACACUCUCGAUCCAGACUUCGAGCUGAGGUUUCUUCUGCCAAACGUGACAUCGUUGAUUCAGCCCAUGGAUCAAGGGGUAAUCGAGACAAUGAAGAGACUUUACAGGAAACAAAUCCUCGGAAGACUAUUUCUGGCCGAAGAAAGGACCGAAGAAAGUGUUGUUGCAUUUGCGAAAUCAUUGAAUUUGAAACACUGCUGUUAUAUGCGGGCUAAUGCGUGGGCAUCGCUAACAGAGGCAAAUUUAAAGAAUGCGUGGAACAAACUAUGGCCAGCUUCUGAAGAAAUGCCGGAAGAGUUCGAAAGAGAAAAUUCCAAUGCCGAGGAAGGUGGCGUCAAUGAAUUUACCGAACUCUUCAACUCCAUCCCGGGGUUUACAGAUUGUAACCAUGAAGACGCUGAAAAUUGGCUCAACGAUGACGCAGAUGAUCCGGGCUGUCAAAUUCUAACUGACGACCAAAUAGUAUCUUCAGUUCUUCAUGAUGAAAAUAUUGAUCCCGAGGAUAAUGACAGCGACGAGAAUACGGAUGCGUCGGAUAAGCCUUCUCACGGUGAAGCAUUUGAGGCUUUCGAGACAGCGAUGGAGUGGUACGAAAAGCAGCCAGAAUAUUGCCCAACGCAACUGCUUCUCCUAAAAAGAUUUCGUGAUUUGGCAGCGCAAAAACGAGCUUCUGGU